AUGAUCAACUACCAAGAACAGGAGGAGCUUCAAAAUCUGGGCUUCCUUGGCAUCUUGAAAGAGUCCUUGAAACUCAUAUUUUCACGGAAAAAAAUCUUCACCCAAAUCACUCUGUCUCUCAUCCUCCCAUACAGCAUCAUCGGCUUUGUUGAACUGAAAGUCUUCCAGCUCAUCGUAAACGAUAUUAAGAAAUACGACAAUAAGUUGGAUAAUAUGGACAAGAACACUUUCAAGUAUGCAAAGACAUUUAUGGCUAUUGUCUCAUUUGAAACCUCUACUUAUAUGAACCUCUUAAUAGUGUACGCCGCCUUCAGUUAUACCCUCAACCUCCUUUCCACAUCUUCAGUUACUUACACCAUUGCCUGCAUAUACACGGACGAAGAAAUCACCUUUAGGAAGGUCGUUAGCAUUUCCCCAAAGGUUGGGAAAAGACUUAUCAUCACUUUUAUAUGGAUCAUUGCCAUUGGUUUCGUUUAUGUCAUUGUUCCAGGAGCUUUAAUCUUGGCUUUGCCUGCUUUGACUGGAACUCAUAGAAUUGGGAGAGUCAUUUUUCUACUUCUUGUGAUCAUGUACGUGAUUGGGUUCAUUUAUUUUAACCUCGUUUGUCGUUUGGCAAACAUGGUAUCUGUGCUAGAAGAUUAUGGAUUUCGAGCCGUGAUUAAGAGCUUUGUGUUGAUGAAGGGUAAGAUUGCAGUUUUCGUUGGUUUCUUUAUUCUGCGGAGGCUUUCCUUUAUAGCAACUCAACUGGCUUUUAGGAAAUUUCUUGUACCAAGUAUAUUGAGAACUGGGAUUCAAAUUCUUUGCUCGUUGUUUCCGUUGCCGCUGAAUCUCUUAGAUUAUGUUGCCCAACCCGUUGUCUACUUUGUUUGCAAAUCAUAUCACCAUGAAACCAUUGAUAGAAACUCUUUAGCGGAUCAUCUUGACGGUUUACUUGGAAAGCCCAAGGAUAUUGUUCCUACUGGGGGAGAUUCAUUUGAAGCACACGUAGUAUGA